GUAAGACCGGUAACAGUUGCAACACUACAAUUGGACGGGAUGAUUACCCUCUAGCAAUAAAAAUCCAUCAAGUAGUAGCUAGUGGUCCCUUGGUGGUUGCCCUUGCAUGGUGGUGUGAUGCUUGAAGAGCAACAACGACCAGGAUUACCCUCUAACAGUGCAAGUACAACAAGAAGGGCUAAUGUUUGUCAAUGGUAUCACACUUUGUCGUAUCAGAGGCCAUGGACGUGGCUGGUGUCCUCCUUCCAUGGAGACAACUCCACUUAUCUUUAUCACAUAUUGAUCGCUAUAGCAGAGUCUAGCUUGAUGAGAUUUACCCCUUCGCGACUUAGUGGAUUAGUUGGAGUGCUCCUCCAAUUCCACAUAGUUCACGCUCCAGCCAUGGACAAAGCUAGCCAUUAUUAUCCCUCUAGCUAUGGGGAAGCUAUUCAUGAAAAUCCAUCUUUGCGGGAAUACUCCAUCUUGGACGAAAAGUCCAUUUUCGCUGGAAUUCUCGAUCUGGGACAAGAAGUCUUCUUCAACAUAUUGGGUCCAUUACAAGACUUCAAGGAUGUGUUUCCAAAUGACGUUCCUAAUGGUUUACCACCAAUAAGAGGAAUCAAGCAUCAAAUUGACUUCAUUCCUGGUGCAACAAUUCCAAACCGACCAGCAUAUCGAAGCAAUCCCAAUGAGACAAAAGAACUUCAAAGGCAGGUCGAAGAACUCAUGAAAAAGGGACAUGUGAGAGAAAGCAUGAGUCCAUGUGCAGUUCCAGUGCUACUUGUGCCUAAGAAGGAUGGGACUUGGCGUAUGUUCGUUGAUUGUUGCGCAGUCAACAAAAUCACUAACUUGAAGAACUGGGAAGAGUGUUUGUCGCACGUUGAAUUUGCUUAUAAUCGGAGCGUCCAUUCAGCAACUAACUGUUCACCAUUUGAAGUUGUGUAUGGUUUUAAUCCAUUCACUCCUUUAGACUUAUUGCCUUUACCUAUUGACGAACAAGCUAGUUUGGAUGGGAACAAGAAAGCUGAAGUGGUUAAGCAACUGCAUGAGAGGGUGCGACAAAACAUAGAGCGACGAACUGAGCAGUAUGCAAAACAAGCCAACAAAGGAUGCAAGAAAGUUGUAUUUGAACCUGGAGAUUGGGUUGGGGUGCAUAUGCGCAAGGAGCGAUUCCCUGCACAAAGGUGUUCUAAGCUGCAACCAAGAGGCGAUGGACCAUUUCAAGUGAUUGCAAGGAUUAAUGACAACGCAUACAAGUUGGAGCUUCCUGGUGAGUAUAAUGUUAGUGCUACUUUUAAUGUUUCUAAUCUUUCUCCUUUUGAUGUAGGUGACGAUUUGAGGACAAAUCCUUUUGAGGAGAGAGGGAAUGAUGAGAAUCAAGACGUAGCAUAUCUACUACGUCAUGUGAUCCAUUACACACCUAAGGAGGUCCAGUCAUGCGAGCUAGAGCUAAAAAGAUGUGUGAAGCUUUAAAUGGCCUUAUUGAGUAGAUCUGGGUUGAAAACAACAUACAACAAGCAAAUCAAAGCUUAGAUGAUUAUCAAGGCAUGGUAAACAUCAUUCAGGUUCAAGAGAAGCUUAGUUGAGGUCAUUUGCACGGAAUUACACAGUUUGUGUCAAAAUUGCACAAUUCUGCCACAAUUUGUAGCAAACUGAUAUUUCAUGUUAUUUUAGGUUAUUUUUAGCGAUUUUCAGGUUUUUGUAUUAUUUUUGGGCUGAACAUUCACUUAUUUGAAGCCCAAUUCGUGGUUAUUAGGUUUAGGACUUAGGGUGUUAGUUUCCUAUUCAGAUUAGGAUUUGUUUUCUCUAUUUAAAAGGCUUGUAACCCUAAUGGGGAGGGAGGCGAUUGAAUCUGAGAUUUUGAGAGACUUUUCUCUUUGGUUCGUUUCAGAACUUUAUAGAACUUAUCAAGAUUAUUCUUGUGGUGUUCUAACCUGACUUAUCAUUCUCGUUCUUAAUUGUUCGAGGGUGUGGCGUCAACCAACUUUAUACCUCUGGUUCUUGUUGUGUCAUAGACAACAGGUCAAGGUUUUUACCUUUGGUUCUUGUUGCGACAUAAACAACGGGUCAAGGUCCUAUUAUAAACCUGAUUUAGCUUU